AUGUCAAAACAACAAAGACUAGAAAAAUUAUUAGAAGAUAAUCCAUUGGUAUUAUAUAAAGGAAGAGUAAUAAAAAAUUUAUCAUGUCCCAAAAUAAAACACUCUGGAAGAAAUAAUGUAGGAAAAAUUACAACACGUCAUCGAGGUGGUGGGCAUGUACAAAGAUUAAGAUUUAUAGAUUUUAAAAGAUCGAGAAAAGAUAUAUAUAGUACAGUUUUAAGAAUAGAAUAUGAUCCAACAAGAAGUGCACAUAUUGCAUUAAUUCAAUAUGAAGAUGGUGUAUUGUCAUAUAUUUUAGCUCCUUUAUUAUUAAGACCAGGAGAUAAAGUAAUUGCAAGUAGAUAUGCAAAUAUUCAUCCUGGAAAUGCAUUACCUUUAAAAAAUAUACCUGUAGGAAGUUUAAUACAUAAUAUUGAAAUGCGACCCGGUGCGGGUGGACAAUUAAUUAGAGCCGCAGGUACAUAUGCAACUGUUUUAAGUAAAGAUUCUUUAUAUGCAACAAUUAAAUUAAAAUCAACAGAAAUUCGAAAAUUCCCUUUAGAAUGUUGGGCUACUAUUGGUCAAGUAGCAAAUUUAGAAAGACAUAUGAGAAUAUUAGGAAAAGCAGGAGUCAAUAGAUGGUUAGGCAAAAGACCAGUAGUUAGAGGUGUUGCUAUGAAUCCAUCUAAACAUCCACAUGGUGGUGGAACUAGUAAAAAACAUACUAAACGACCCAAAUGUUCUCUUUGGGGUAAAUGCAGAGAUGGUUUUAAAACUCGAAGUAAGAAAAAACCACUCGGAUUAAUUAUUAGAAGAAAUAUAUGUGGCCGUUUACAGAAGAAAUAUGGAGUUACUGCAUAA